UGUCAGCUGUGAAGUACCGACCAGCCGUCAACAACAAACAGCACAGGAAACCAGGAAGGAGGAGAAAGGCUGGAGCGACACUUUAACAGUUCUGUUUGAUUCUAAGAGUGCUGAGCUCUCCCAUCCUUCAGCAACAUGGGGGAACUCUUCAGAAGUGAAGAGAUGACGCUGGCUCAGCUCUUCCUCCAGUCAGAAGCUGCCUACUGUUGUGUCAGUGAACUGGGCGAGAUUGGGAUGGUGCAGUUUCGUGAUCUUAAUCCUGAUGUGAAUGUGUUCCAAAGAAAGUUUGUCAAUGAAGUACGACGAUGUGAGGAGAUGGAUCGCAAACUGAGAUUUGUGGAGAAAGAAAUAAAGAAGGCCAACCUCCCAAUAGUUGACACAGGAGAGAACCCUGAAGUUCCUUUCCCGAGGGACAUGAUCGACCUGGAGGCCACAUUUGAGAAACUUGAGAAUGAGCUGAAGGAAAUAAACACCAACCAAGAAGCCCUAAAGAAGAACUUCCUGGAGCUGACUGAGCUCAAGCACAUCCUGCGUCGCACGCAACAGUUUUUUGAUGAGAUGGAGGAUCCUAGUUUACUGGAGGAGUCGAACAUCCUCUUGGACCCCAAUGAGCCCCACCGAAUGGCUCCUCUCCGACUGGGAUUUGUGGCUGGAGUCAUCGGCAGGGAACGUAUUCCCACAUUUGAGAGGAUGCUGUGGAGAGUUUGCAGAGGAAAUGUGUUCCUGAGGCAGGCAGACAUCGAAGAUCCUCUGGAGGACCCGACUACGAGCGACCAGGUCCACAAGUCCGUCUUCAUCAUCUUCUUCCAGGGAGACCAGCUCAAGAACCGAGUCAAGAAGAUCUGUGAGGGGUUCAGAGCAACCUUGUACCCGUGUCCAGAAACGCCCCAGGAGAGGAAAGAGAUGCUGGCAGGGGUGAAUGCACGUAUCGAGGACCUGCAAAUGGUGCUGAACCAGACCGAGGAUCACAGGCAGAGGGUCCUGCAGGCUGCAGCCAAGACAGUCCGAGUGUGGUUCAUCAAGGUGAGGAAGAUGAAGGCCAUCUACCACACCCUCAACCUCUGCAACAUCGAUGUCACUCAGAAGUGUCUGAUCGCCGAGGCGUGGUGUCCCGUCUCCGACAUGGACUCCAUCCAGUUCGCUCUGCGCAGGGGGACGGAGAAGAGCGGCUCCACCGUGCCUUCCAUCCUUAACAGGAUGCAGUCUAAACAGACCCCACCUACCUAUAACAAGACAAACAAGUUCACCUCGGGCUUCCAAAACAUUGUGGACGCCUAUGGAAUCGGCAACUACCGGGAGAUUAACCCAGCGCCAUACACCAUCAUCACCUUCCCCUUCCUGUUUGCGGUUAUGUUUGGUGACCUGGGCCACGGGGCGCUCAUGACCUGUGCUGCCUUGUACCUUGUGUUGAGAGAGAGCAGGCUGAUGGCCCAGAAGAACGAUAAUGAGAUGUUCAGCAUGCUGUUUGCAGGGCGCUACAUCAUCCUGCUUAUGGGAAUCUUCUCCAUCUACACCGGGAUCAUUUACAACGACUGCUUCUCCAAGUCCCUUAAUGUGUUUGGCUCUGGGUGGAGCGUCAGGCCCAUGUUCGACUCUCGGCUGGGAGGCAACUGGACGUUUGAAACACUGCAAGGCAAUAAAGUUCUGCAGUUGGACCCGACAGUAGAGGGAGUGUUCAAAGGGCCGUACCCCAUCGGCAUCGAUCCGAUAUGGAACAUUGCCACCAACAAGCUGACAUUCCUGAACUCGUUCAAGAUGAAGAUGUCCAUCAUCCUGGGAGUCAUCCACAUGCUGUUUGGAGUCUCUCUCGGGCUCUUCAACCACCUGUAUUUCAAGAAGCCGCUGAACAUCUACUUGGGAUUCAUCCCGGAGAUUGUCUUCAUGGCCAGUCUGUUUGGCUACCUAGCCCUUCUGAUCUUCUACAAGUGGCUCUCGUACGACGCAAGCAUAUCCAAGGACGCUCCCAGUCUCCUCAUCGCCUUUAUUAACAUGUUCCUCUUCAACUACAACGACCCCAGUAACAAACCUCUCUACAGAGGACAGAUGGCCCUACAAUCACUCUUGGUGGUAAUCGCCUUGGCUUGUGUUCCCUGCAUGUUAAUAGUGAAAACUCUGGUUCUGCGGAGACAGCAUUUGUGGCGGAAAAACCUGGGUACAGAAAACUUUGGAGGCAUCAGGGUGGGUAACGGGCCCACGGAGGAUGAGGCUGAAAUCAUCCAGCAUGACCAGCUCUCGCAGCACUCUGAUGAGGAGCCUGAGCGUUGCCUUUUGUCACCUGCUGUCAAGGCCCGGGAGGAGGAAGAGUUUAACUUUGGGGAUGUGGCGGUUCAUCAGGCCAUCCACACCAUAGAGUACUGCCUGGGCUGUAUCUCCAACACGGCCUCCUACCUGAGGCUUUGGGCUCUUAGUCUGGCUCACGCACAGUUGUCAGAAGUGCUGUGGUCCAUGGUGAUGCACAUUGGCCUUUCUACCAGCGGCCUCGCAGGUUUCCUCGUCUUGACCAUCGUCUUCUUCUUCUUCGCUAUUCUCACAGUUGCAAUUCUGCUCAUAAUGGAGGGCCUGUCAGCCUUUUUGCAUGCACUGCGACUGCACUGGGUGGAGUUCCAAAACAAGUUCUACACGGGCCAGGGCUUCAAGUUCCUCCCCUUCACCUUCGAGAGCAUCCUGGAUGGGAGGCCCGAGGAAUGAGAUGGGGUUACUCUUCUUUAAUUGAUGUCACUCAUCUCAUAAGAAUCUGCUUGGUGUUGAAUAGUGAUUUUUGAGUUUGUGUGUGUGACUGAGAUGCAGUUUUUCCAUGAGUGACACUCCAAAAGAUCAUCUGUCAGACUGCCAUUUGUUUUAAACCUCUCAUCACUUUUUAGGAUCAAAUCGGGAACACCUACUCACAAAUUACUAUUCAUUCAUUCAUUCAUUCCUGAGAAAAAUAGCAUAAUCUGUAAUCUGUUGUGUGUCUCGUCUUAGUGAAGUCCUUUUGUUUCACUGUGUUUUAUUUAGUUUAAUAUUAUUUAUGCAAAUCUUUCCUUCAUUUUCUUAUUUGGCAGUGUUGCAAUACCAUCAUUAAUGAGGUGUUUUGUGCAAGUGUCAUGGCUGAUUAUGUUGAUGGAUGCUUAUUCAGAAUAAAGUGACUGAAGUGUC